CUUCGAGAAGCCAAGAGUGGUCUUUUGAUUUUGUUUCUCCGAACGAUGAGAGACAGAGUGAGCAAAACGAGGAAGAUCUUUCGUACAUCGUGACGACAUAAAUCGAUGAAGGUUGCGUACGUGAGAAUUUUCUAUGCUUCGUGCCUUGAUCAGACACAUCGAGAGCCAAGUUGUGACACCACGUAGGCAGUGGAAUAUCCAUGAAUCCGUCAGCUUCAACCACACAGAAAAUUCAAUGUGCUAUUGUAAUUGUGUUAGUGUUGUAAUUGUGAAAAUUUUGAUUUGAAUUUUUGUCAUCCAAUCGUAGUUCGUGUUGAAUGGGCGGGAAAGUUUUGGCUUGAUUUUUGAAAUUUUGUUAAGUGUCUGUCAAACUCAGAAACAUCACAAUCAUGUUCUUCUUUCAAGAGCCUCCUAUCUUGCGCAUGCACGAGCGUGCACGAUGUCGGAGGCAGCGGCGAGCACGAUUGUCUUUAUGGCUGAUAUCUCCGAGAAACUGAAACCUUAUCCUUAACGCAUGAAGAUGAUGAUGUUUUUAUACUACUAAUCCUGAACUUCAUGAUUUGUGCUUGGAAAGACGAAGAUGCGUCCAACAUGAACGAGAACACUUUUCCCUCGUCUCAAUCUAAUGCUAGCACUCAGUUCGUCGGUUCCCGGUACACUCGGAGUCCUAUCGCUGUUUUUUUCCCGGUGCUCCUCAUCAUUGUUCGGACUUUUCUAUGCUGCUGCAAAGCAAAUCACGCGCAGAGAUGACGGCACGGCGUUUGGUACAUAAAAUCCAAAUGAAUUGUCUUGUUGUUAUCAAGGACUACUGGCUUUGAAAGAUGCACUGACAUGACAUGCCAUGACAACAUGCCAUGACAUGACAAUCUUCACAGUGACUAUCUUGACAUCUUCCACAGUAAGUACUUCAACGAACUACAAACUCAACUUCAUAUCCUGAUCUAGCAGGGUUUAUGAUCAUUGUGAUCCAUCCCUACAACUUCUGAUCGACGUCAGUCAUUCUUUUGAAUCAAAAAACAGACGUGGAGCUAGAGCGAAACAAGCGAGCUGGCGAGGGAAACAGUGACGAGCCUAAUGGCGUUACCGACGUUCAGGAAGAUGAGGACAACUUGUCCACAUUGUCGAGUUUUGCCACAAUAUCUGCGGACGGGGAAGUGAAUCUUGAGCCAGGAAAAGGACUGAAAGACAAAGCGCUUUUUGAUGAUGUUGUACUAAGAUUUAUUAUAUCUAACGUUUACGAUAAUUACUUACUACCAGGAUCUGGAUCAGACAAUUUGAUCUUGCACCUUCAUCGACCACAAUCAGAGAUAAUCCUUUUUCUCUUGGGCAUUCUCAAUGCAUAAGUAGAAAAAUUUGAUUUGAAUUUGACAUUCAUGAUAGAGAUUGAUUUUGGCACUUGCUUAUUUUCUUAUUCGUUUUUCAGGUCGACUUUCAGAGGGUUCGGACGGGUAGCAGUUUUGUGAGUGUAGGGGCCGCAGGAGAAAUUUUUAGUGAUCUGAAACAAGAAUUGGAGAAGAUAAGAAAGCAGGAAAACGAACUCCUUGAUGAUGAGCUCCUGCAAGUACAAGGAGAACAACUGCAAGGGUCCGCGCAAUUCCUAGAAAAAUUAGAAGAGAUAAGACAAACGCGAGAAGAAGGGAAUCGGAUACUACAGAAGCUGAAACAACUAUAUGAAGGACGAAAAGUAGUAGGCAAGCAGACCACCUCCACCGACAACAAGAAUAAAGAACUGGUAGUAUCCCUUUCUGCUCCAUGGCCGCAGGCGCAGGCGCAGCCGCUGUCCGUGAGGCUAUUUAGCUCCCCCGAGGGCACAGCGCCAUUUGUUGCGUUAUCGGUAGAGAAUCGCGAGGCUCUCGCGAAUCCCCUUUCCAAAGUAGUGGAUCAAAUCACUGUAAAUCAUGUACUAGACGCGGCAAAUGCAGCACAUCAUCAAGGAGGUGGGCAAACUCCCAAGUACCGAGUACUUUUCACACAGCCUGGCGCAAUUUCUACUUCAGCAGGUCCACUCGCGAUUACCGACCGCGCCCUCACACCGGAAGAAAGGACUCAAUACUUCAACGCUCUGGAGAAUGACGUCCUGCGCUGGUCCAAUCAACUCAUCCUCCUUUCGAAUAUUAAGCAGAUUUAUCUCGAAAUGUGCCGCUACAACUACGAGUUUGAUUUUGAAUACCAGAAGCAAUUCGGUGAAGUUGAUGAAGCUACUAGAGUUGUAGGAGACCUAGAAGGGCAAGACGAUGAAGAUCAACUAUUCAAAGACGUGGCAGAAUUUCUAGCUACAACGACUGAUCCGUAUGCGGUGAAGAUCUUCAGCGUCGAUAACAACGAUGAGUAUUUCACCGCUGCACAAUUCGACGCUGAGAUUCGAGGUGAGGACUCUACCCCAGAGGCAGUAGUGCGCGAAGUCGUUAUACAGGACAUCACAUCAACAUCAGGAAAUAAUGAUAAAGGGUUGGACUUCAUCUCCGUGUUGAAUGAGGUCCAAAAGCGAGUACAAGAAGAAGUAGAGACACGACAGAAUGGGCAGGAUAUGACUCUGCCAGCAUCAAAUUGUGAUCGCGGUCAACUUCAAAUGAUUAGUUUGCUAUCCCAUACGGUAACAUGUGCAACCACUGGGAAGGAUGGCAGCCAGCAUGGCUUUAGAAAGUUCAACCUGGAUUUUGCGCUUGCCUGCGACUUGACUGCUCGAGUAGCAACACCACCACCAUCGGAACUCCAGAAGCAACUUCAAGCGCUCGAGCAGCAACAACACGAACUCCACAGUGAAGAAGAAGAACUCAGGAAGCAACAACUAGGAGUCAAUGACGAGCGAAGAGAACUCCAGACUCAACAAGGAGAACUCGGCGAGCAUCAACGAGAACUCCAGAUUCAACAAGAACAGCAGCGGGGUCAACAAGAACGCCUGAUGGAACAUCAACAAGAGCUCCAGAAUGAAGAAAAAGGAUUCAGGGAGCAACGAGUAAAACUCGAGCGCGAGCGAGAAGCACUCAAGGAAGAACAUCGACUAGAACUCGAAGAAUUAUUGGGAAAGCGACAACAUCUUGACCAGGAGCGAGAUGAACUAGUCCAGAACGAACAUCCACUAGAACUCAGUGAAGACCAACGAAAACUCCAGGCUCCAGAAGUAGAACAACUCCAGAAUGAAAAGGAAGAAUUGCAGACUGAAGAAGCACAACUCAAAAAGCAACGACGAGAAUACCAAGAGAAGGAACAAGAACUCCGGCAAGAGCAACAAGAGCUCCAGAGUAAACGAGAAGAACUCGCGCGGAAACAUCUUCAUCAGCAAAAGGGACGACACGUUAGAAGAGUGGAGACGUUCGAAAAAACUUUGGUUGCAAGUAGCGAUGACACGGCUUCAAUACAAAAUUCGAAUAAACUAAUUGAAGUAGUCCUUCAGCAUGGAGAACAACAGAACAAAAUGCAGGUGUUGAAGCUACGGAAAUUAACCCCCUCCACGGAAAGCGAGCUGCCGUUGCCGUUUAUUGAUUGGAAAGCAGAGGAGCACAACAUUGCGAAAGCAGUAGACGCGAAGAUGUUGAACAUUCAGGAAGUAUCGUCCAGGAGCGAUGGACUGUGGAGUCGGCGGCUUCAUCAAGAUCAAGAAGGCCUUCCUUUUUACCGUUUCCUAUUCAAACAGCCUGGUGCAGAUUUACAUGGAGUGUCGGCAAAAAAACACUUCGUCAAGAGUGACGAGAAAGAAGCAUACUUCACGUCUCUAGAUAAAGAUCCGCGAAACUGGUCCACGCAACUCUCGCUACUCAAAGAUCCCCAGAUAGAGCAGAUCUUCGCCGAAAUGUGCCGCUUCAACUACAACUUUAUACCGGAAUACGCCGAACAAUUCCGCCCUGCUGAACAAGUUGACGCGCUGCUACACGUAUUGAAGAACAAGUUCAACAUUGACAACGCAGACGAGACGGCUGGUGGAAAACAAUUCUCACAGAAGAUUCGCGCUGAAAGCGCUUUAUCAGAACAAGAAGUGCGCGAAGUAAUAGUACAGCUACAGGAUCAACUUCUAGUAAGAGCAGACGAUAACACACAAACAGACUUCUACUCCAUGCUGGCCGAGAUCAAAGAAACACUGGCAAAAGAAGAGAUAAACUCUGCAGGAGUGUCAAGAACCACUGCGAAUGAACCUUUUCGCACACGACCCUACACCAUAACGUGUGCAACCCGAGGCGAGGCAAGAAUGGGGACAGAAAACCAAAACGUCCCUUUCAGAAAGAUUAUUGUUGAUUUUGAAUUUGACUACGACUCUCAAGUCAUUGUACGACCGGGACCGCAACUAGCUACGAAUGAGAAGAUGAAGCACCACGAUCCUAAGUUCGACAUCUAAAACGAACUGCCAAAUUAGGAAAAUGCUAACAAUCUUUAUCUUAGGCAGGUUGCGGAGUAGAUUCACGUCGUCAAUAAUGUUAAGAAGCUUGCUGAUGGCAUCUGCCGUUCAUGCAGAUCCUUAACCUGACCCACUCACUGUCUUACAACUCGGUCUCGAACAUCGUAGUGCUGUCCUCAAACAACGUAAAUCGAUGAAGGUUGCGUCCGUGAGAAUUUUCUAUACUUCGUGCCUUGAUCAUAC